GCACUUGUACAGUUGCAAUGUCACCACAUAAAGCUACAUAUUAUGCUGGAGAUAAAACUACAAAAAUUCACUGCUGCUAACGCUGCUCAGCUGUUACCAACUUCCAAAUGUUUCCUUAGCCUCUGUAUGUGCUGAUAAUUGGCUUGAUCUUGAGCUACUUAUUUUUCCUCAAUGGGACUUCUUGGCUCUAAGCGGCCUCAUUUGAAGACUGCGUCUGUAAUGAUGAUUGGCCUCGAUGCUACAGGAAAGUCACUUUUACUGUAUCGGUUAAAGCUGGGAAAGGUCAUCUCAAGUGUCCCAACGAUCGGCUUCAAUGUGUGCAUGAUUGAAGCACUGAAAGGGUUCUCUCUGAUAAUCUGGGAUGUUGGAGGACAGAAGCAGAUGAGACAGCACUGGAAGCAUUACUGUCAGGACAUGGCUGGAGUUGUAUAUGUGGUAGACAGCACUGACAAAAGUCGACUAAAGGAGUCUAAGAGGGAGCUGGAGCUGAUCCUUAAAAAUGAGCACUUAAAGGCAGUUCCAUUAGUUCUCCUGGCAAACAAACAAGACAUUCCUGGAGCCUUGAAUGCGGCUGAAAUCACCAAGGAGUUCAAGCUGAAGAAACUGUGCAGUGACAGGGACUGGUAUGUGCAGCCGUGCUCAGCUGUGUCUGGGGCUGGCUUGGAAGAAGGCCUCAAAAAGAUAGCAGAGCUUGUCAAAAUGAGUGUGACUUCAAAAGCUGAGCAAUUUAUAGGCUCUGCCAAAAAUGCCAAACCAUAAACCUGCUCCGGACAAAGUUCAGGAACCAUGUGAAAAAAGAACAUCCUCUUCAGGACACAGCUGAAUAAAAAGUGACACGAAGUUUGCUAAACUGGUCAAGCUCUACAACAUCUCACUUUCCCUGAACGUUUUGGGAGUACUUAACAGUUUCACAGAACUCUGUACCUUACGUCUGUGUGUUUCCAUUGUAAAUGAGCAUGAAGGAACUAAAGAGAAAUAGGGAAUUCAGAAGCAAAAGGACUAAAAAUAAACUAAGCUCCAAAUAAAUGUAUAAAAUGAUUUAACCACUGAACAGGCAAUGACCAUGGACCAGUGUCUAUGACUUGUAGUAGCACAUUGAAUAACUCUCAGUAAACAACGGAGUGCUUUAGAGUUCUAGCAAACUGUAAAAACAUUUGAGAUGAGAAACUGAGGUAAGAUUUGAGGUUGUUUUCUGUUGUUCUAGGUAGAAUUAAGAAAAUGAAUGCAAUGAUUACUUAAUUGUAAAUUUGUGAGUUUUAAAUAAUAUAUUAAGACAUAUUAGAAUAACAUUUUCUUUUAUCAAUAUCAAUGUUGCAUUUUCAUCUUUACAAACCAUAACCCACACAGACUAAUUUUGGUUUUAAACUGCUGCUGCUAAUUCUACUUCAACAUACGCAUAAUAAAUCCUGUUAUACAGAUUCAAUUCAACUCAAUUUUAUUGUCCUUAAAAAUAAAUUUGGUUUGUCAGUAAGCUGUACUAAGAGACCAUGACAUAACAAUAAAAGCACAUCUCAAGGCAUAUAGCCAUUAAACAUAAACUGCAAAUAAAUAAAUUCUAGCAAUGAGCAUAGAAUUUAUGGUGAAAAAUUAGAUCAAACAUAGUAGAUUUCAAAAAUUAAACCAACAUUUAGACUUGACUCAUAAUGCUAACUAUUCAUCCUGUGAUUUAAGCCUGUAAAUAUUUAUUAAAAUUUUAUUUAUUUAGGAGAUUAAAAGCAGUUGAAAUGAAAGAGUAUUUGAACUGGUUGCUUUUUAUACCUGGAACCCUGAACCUGUUACAUAAUGGCAACAAUUGAGAUCAAGAAUGUAAUGGGUCCUGUCUGAUAAUAAAUA